AUGGACGCGCUCCUCGGCGCAGCGCAAUGGGUGGUGGGCAAGGCGCUGGCCCCUAUUGCUGAUGGCGUGCUGGAGGCUUGGGAGGCCAGCAACAACUUGGGUCUCAACAUUGAGACUCUCAAGAUGGAGCUGCUGCUUGUGAAGGCCACCCUCGAACUCGCUAGCGGCAAACAGAUCCAUGGGCAGGCCAUGGAACUGCUAUUGGGGAAGCUGCGAGACUCGGCACACUGUGCCGAGGACUUGUUGGAUGAGCUGGACUACUUCCGCAUCCACGACCAGCUCCAGGGCACAUAUGACGCUGCAGAUCAGCAUGGCAAGGGCGGUGUCCACGACAUUGCCCUCAAUGCUUGUCACGUCGCCAAAGCUGUUGGCAAGCUGUCAUUUAUAUCAUGUUGUGCUUGCCCUCGUGCAAUGCAGAGGACAACCGGGAAUUCUUCCUCCGCACCAAACGCCAAUCGGGAGGUUAGCAGCUGCAUGCCCAAGCUCGGUAAACUUCUCCCUUGCUUAUCUUCCCCACAAGUUCGUCAGGAUCGUUCUGGCCAGCCAACUCUUUGUGGUGCGCCACAGGGCGAAACACCAAUGCCACAGUUCAAUAGGGCUCAUGUCUCCGAAAGAAUGCGACACAUUGUAGAGCAACUACAGCCUGUGCGUAAAGAGGUUACUCAGAUACUGCAGAGUUGUAAUCCUAUGACUGUUCCAGAUAUUGCCCAGAGUCGUCCCAUCACCACUAGCCAAAGUAUAGAGCCAAAUUUGUAUGGAAGGGACCGUAUCAUGCAUACUAUCAUACAUGAUAUGACCAAGGGUAAAUACCUUAGCAAUGAUCUAACCGUGCUUCCGAUUGUCGGUCCAGGGGGGAUAGGAAAAACAACUCUGAUACAACACAUAUAUAGAAACCAGCAAGUUCAAAAUCAUUUUCAAGUUGUUAUUUGGGUAUGUGUGUCGCUCAGUUUCAAUUUGAAAAAGCUGCUAGAAGAAAUUAAAACAUACAUCCCUCGGGUUGAAGGGGAAAAGGAUGGCAGGGUUGAAGAGCUGAUUGAACAGAGAUUAAAAUCUAAAAGGUUUUUGCUUGUACUGGAUGAUAUUUGGGAGUUUAGUGAUGGGGAUGAUUGGAAAAGGUUACUGUUGCCACUCAAAACAUCACAAGAAAAGGGUAGCAUCAUUCUGGUCACAACUCGGUUUCCAAAAAUUACAAAGAUGGUUGGAACAACUAGACAUAUAGAAUUGCAAGGGUUAGAAUCCGAAGAAUUUAGGAUGUUAUUCCUUGCAUUUGUCUUUGGCAAUGAGCCCGUUAGAAGUGAUCAGUGUUUUUUGGAUGAGAUUGGAAAUAAGAUAAUGGAAAAACUAAGGGGAUCCCCUCUUGCUGCAAAAACAGUUGGUGCAUUGUUAAGUAAAGACCUUAGUUUGCAGCAUUGGAGAAGGGUCUUAGAAAGUAAAGAAUGGGAGACACAGACUGAUUCCAACGGCAUUAUGCCUGCCUUGAAGCUUAGCUAUGACCAUCUUUCUUUCCAACAACAACAAUGUUUCUUCUUUUCUGCAUUGUUUCCAGAAGAUCACAAGUAUAGUGCCACCCAGCUAAUCAACUUGUGGAUAGGACUAGGUAUCUUACAACCUGGUGCUCGAAACCAAACACUUGAAAUUAUAGGUUCGAAUAAUUUAAAUGAUUUGGUGGCAUGUGGAUUUUUCAGAGAGGAGGAGGAGGAUGGGUAUCCGCGUUAUGUUAUGCAUGACUUGCUACAUGAUUUAGCAUUGCAAGUUGCAUCUCAUGAAUGUCUUGUUGUGCAUCACUCUAGUGUGAGAUUAGAAGAAAUUCAUCCAAGCAUCCGCCACUUGUCUAUAAUAAUACAUGAUGCUGAUAAAAUUUCUCUUGAAAACCUUAAGAGCGAGUUAAGAAAAUUGAAGACAAGUUUGAAGGUUAAACAACUGCAUACUUUGAUGCUAUUUGGAGAAAUGGAUGAAAGCUUUGUCAGCAUUUUGGGUGAUUUGUUAGGGGAAGCAAAAUCUCUUCGUGUGCUCCGUUUGGAUGACAUGCCAUUUUCUGUGGAGUCCAUAUUGCACAACUUUUCAACACUUCUUCAUCUACGGUACCUAUAUCUGGGGACAGAGUGUGAGAGGGAGAUGAAUGUACUGCUUACCGUUUCUAGGUUUUAUCAUUUAAGGAUUCUGGCUCUAGGGUCAUGGUGCCAAAACUGUCAUUUGCCAAAAGAGUUGAGCAACCUUGUAAACAUGCGUCAUGUUUAUACUCCAACUGUUGAAUUGCAUUCUGAUAUUUUUAAUGUGGGAAAACUCAGACACUUAGAGGAGUUGAAGGUAUUUAGAGUUAAUAAAGAAAGUGAAGGAUUUGAACUAAAACAGCUAGAGCAUUUGACUGAAUUAAGGGAGGUUGGCAUUUAUAACCUUGAGAAUAUACACACGAAAGAAGAAGCCAACAAAGCAAAUCUGGGAGUGAAAAAUUACUUGGAGAGAUUAACAUUAGAUUGGGAUAGUAAGCGGUCUAAUAUUGAGCCUGAUGUUGAAGAGAUUGUUCUCGAGAGUCUUAUGCCACAAAGAUAUCUUCAAGAUUUGUGCGUUAGAGGGCAUGGAGGCUCUUCUUGUCCAACAUGGUUGGGUGAUAAGCUCGCUGUUGAAGUUCUUGAAUCUCUUCAUCUCUCUGGUGUUUCUUGGGAACACCUCCCUCCACUGGGGAAGAUGCGGGGUCUUGUUAAAGUAAUAUUGGAGAAUAUUGCAACAAUAGAGGAGUUUGUUAUAGAUCAAAGCUCUUGCAGGCUAGUAAGGCUUGAACUUGUUGGUUUGGAAAGUUUUGAAAAAUGGGUACUAUCAGAGGGUGUUGAUCAUAUGUUUCCUCAUUUGCAAGUGAUGAUUAUAAGAGGCUGCCCUAAGCUGUUGGAGUUGCCAUUUCAAAAUUGUUUCUUUGACCCUAAACCAGAUCAAGACCAGAAUAUUUGUUGGUUUCCCAAACUGCAAAAGCUUCAGAUACAUAAGUGUCCAAAACUCUUGUUAGUGGCUCGUAUCCCAUGGACUGGAACUUUGCAGAGUGUGAAGAUAGGUGAUGUAAGGCUACUUGAGAAGUUCCGUUACUCAACAUCAUCUUACAAUGGAGUAGACUUGGAAAUUGUUGGAAAGGAUGAAUUGCAGAGCUUAGAUGAGGUGGUUGCAUUCAAUAACCUGACAGGUCUUGAGUAUCUCACUCUAAUCAAGUGCCCACCUAUGGAGUCAAAGCACCUUCUGUUGCUUACCUCACUGAAGAAAUUGGAUGUACAGGGUUCAGAUGAUCCGGUUGGGCCUGUAGGAGGUGGAGGUGAUGUGGAUUGGCAGUACCCGCUUGAGUUUCUUGAGGUCCAGAAAUCAUGUGGUGGGAAGCAAUUGACACAGCUCCUCACCCAUCUCCCACGGCUCUCUUCGUUGAGAAUCAUGGACUGUGAAGACAUAACCCAGCUGGCAGCAGCAACAACUACAGAGAUGGAGCUGUGGAAAGUAGAUGAUGAUUCAGGGAUCCUGCUCUUGCCGGGCCAUCUCUCUGACACACUGCAGAGCUUGGUCAUCCAUGGUUGUCUGGAGCUGGUGUUGGUCGACUCCAUCCGAGCAGGAGGAGGACUCCAGGCCCUGCAGUCCCUCCAGACCUUAAGCAUUUUUAACAGCCCCAAGUUACUAUCCACUACCAGGAGCUCCUUUUCCAGCUGCCUUUUCCCAUCGUCUCUGCAUCGCCUCAUUCUUGAGUCUCUGAAUGGCAUGGAGACACUGGAGCCCCUCUCAAACCUCACAUCUCUCACCAAAUUACAUGUGAAGUUCUGCGGAGAGGAUCUGAGAUGCAAGGGCCUGGGGUCUCUCCUUACCACCGGGGAACAACUCAGAGAAUUAACAAUCUUUGGCAGCCCUAAAUUCUUUACUGGAUGGGAUCACAAUCCCAGGCGGGUGCAGCUGCAGGGUGGAGGAGGAGAAGAGCUUGUUUCCCCCCAGAGUUCAUCCAAACUGCAGAUGAUUUCGACAGAUGAGGCCAUGGGACUCCUUGCUGAACCCAUCUGCAGCUUCCUGUCUUCCUCCCUCACCGAGCUGUACCUUUAUGGGAGCCGCCAAGAGAUGGAGUACUUCACCAAAGAGCAAGAGGACGCCCUUCAGCUCCUUGCCUCCCUCCAGCGUCUCCAUAUUUACUGGUACAGUAAGCUGCAGCACCUCCCUGCACGGCUUCACAAGCUUACCAACCUCAAGAAAUUACUAGUCGGCUAUUGUCCGGCCGUCCGGUCACUGCCCAAGGAUGGCCUCCCCAAAUUACUGCAAGAAUUAGAUGUCCGCGAUUGUGGCAACGAAGAGCUAAAAAAUGAAUGCAGGGGGUUAGUGGGAACCAUCCCAAGGAUCAAACUGGCUUCUGCCUUGGAGGGAUUUCCGGUGUACAUUCUUCUAGCAUUGUACAGCUAUUUUUUAACCGUUCCAUCCACAUGCUACUGUACCAAUGCCAAAAUAGUUCUUGAACUGCAUGGCUUCAGUGAACGAAAUGCAUCUUCAGCCUGGUCACUUCUGGGCUGCGACGGGGAUCCAACCAGGCACGGGCAUGUAAGAUCGCAAGUAUUGGGGAAACACUCAGCCUGUGAAUCAUUAACAGCGAAAAAAUGCUGCUCGUCCGGCUUGCUUGAAGUGUUGACACUAGCUGUUGGAGACGGGUGGAGGGUCAUGGAAGACGAAGAAGAGGGUGGCAAUUUGCACCAGAGAUUGGCCGUUGCAAAUGGUGGAGGGGUAAGGGUGGCGGUGGAGUUGGAGUUGGAAGAGGAGGUUCAGAGGAAUGGAAAAGUGGAUCUGAUCCCACAGUCAGGACAUCUCCAUUCAGCAACGGUGGGAUCUGUUGGUACUUGUUUGCCGCCGGUGUAG